CAUCGCUCUCCUCCCCUUCUCUUCAUUUCCAGCCCUCCUCUCCACUCAUCUGCUGCAAUCCCUCAUUCAUCCGGAACCCUGAGCAAAAUCAGUCCUUCAUCCUCUUUCAAAUCAAUACUUGUUAGAAUGGACUCUACAAGAAGCAUCCUCUCCAUCUCUGAGGCACUCUACCACCUGCUCCUCAUGAUGCUGACACUGAGCGGAGGAGUUCAUUCAAUGCCUGUUCCUACUGAUGUUCCCAUGUGCACAGCAACAGACACUGCCCAGUACAUGCUAACUUUUACUGGCAAGUGGACCCAGGCUGCUUUCCCUAAACAGUAUCCUGUCUACCGCCCUCCUGCACAGUGGUCAAACCUUAUUGGGGUGACUCACAGCUCUGAUUACCACAUCUGGCAGCGUAAUGAGUUUGCCAGCAAUGGAGUGAGGGAGUUCGCAGAGAAAGGCGAGGCCUGGACCAUCAUGAAGGAGGUUGAGGAGGCCGGCGAACGCAUCCAGAGCGUUUAUGGGAUCCUGUCCGCUCCUGCUGUUGUGGGAGGCUCAGGCCAGAUGAACACUGAGUUUGAGGUCUUCGCCAGGCACUCCUAUCUGUCAUUUAUCGUACGUAUUGUUCCAAGUCCAGACUGGUUUGUGGGUGUGGACUCUCUUGACUUGUGUGAUGGCGACCACUGGAAAGAGAACGUCUCCCUGGAGCUUUUCCCUUAUGAUGCAGGAACUGACAGUGGAUUCACUUUCUCUUCCCCCAACUUUGAGACCAUCCCACAGGACAAAAUCACACAGAUCACAUCUUCCUUCCCUAGCCACCCUGCCAACUCCUUUUUCUACCCCCGCCUAAAGCACCUGCCCCCCAUGGCCAAGGUAGUGCUGACCAAGAUAAACAAGACCAAUCAGAUCAUCAGCCUUCCUGUGGAGCCCACCCUCUCCAACCUAUUGCUUACAGGAAAUGAGAUUGAGGACUCUCCAAUAAAUACCCCACUAGACUGCGAGGUGUCAGUUUGGUCUCCUUGGGGUUUGUGUAAAGGCAAGUGUGGAGAUUCAGGUGUGCAGCACCGCACACGCUACAUCCUAAUGCACCCAGCCAACAAUGGCGCAGCCUGCCCCCUACUGGAGGAGGAGAGAAAGUGCUUCCCAGACAACUGUUUAUGACUAGGCCGGGACAGGAGAGAGAAGAAGGAGAGGAAGGAGAGGAGAGAGAAGAAGGAGAAGAAAGACAGGAAAGGGAGGAAAGGAAGAAGACGGAGGAACAACAGUAAAAGAUCUGUGGUGAAAUCACAUGACAUGUAAAUAUGACAGCCAGGCUUCCUUUCCUCCUUGGCCAUGCUCUCUCUCUGUGGAAAUGACUGAUUGAUAGUCCGUCAGUUACAGUUCUGAGACUCGGUCUACAAAAACAGUCUCAUUCACAAACCACUCAGACAGAUCUGACAGCACUAGAGAGGUGUAGUUUGGCAAAACAGCGAUAGACACUUAGUCAGUUUUGUCAGAUUAUAUAAUUUGUCUGAGGUUUGAACAACACUGUUUUGAACAUUAAGUGAAAGUAUUUUCACAUUUUAUUUGGGUUCAAUUAGACUGUUGUGACAAUCACUGACAUUUGUUUCCAUGCAGUGGAUUAUGACUCCCAGUAACUUUCAACUAAAUAUAAGGGUAAAAAUCCAUCUGAACAACACUUAAGAUAUAAAAUCCUUGUAUCCAAGAAAUACUGAACCAAAUACCCCCAUUUCCACUAAAGAUGUCUCAGUAGUAUACUUUUGUAAGAAAGAAAAUAAUGUACAGUCCUACAAGUGAUGUCACAUUCAAAACAUAA